AAAAAAUUCUAUUUUCCUCCGUCUAUAAAUUGAGAACAUCCAUUUACAUCCUGAAAUGAGUUUUUAUGGACAACCCCUAGUUAUAGAUGGGAAAGGCCAUCUUUUAGGCCGAUUAUCAACUAUUGUAGCUAAACAUGCGCUUCAAGGGCAAAAGGUAGUUGUCGUUAGAUGUGAAAAGAUUAAUAUAUCUGGGAAAUUUAUUAGAAAUAAAUUAAAAUAUCUUGCAUUUUUGCGUAAAAGAUGUAAUGUUAAUCCUGCCAGGGGCCCUUUUCAUCUUAGAGCACCUAGCAAAAUUCUUCUAAGAACCAUUAGAGGUAUGCUACCCCAUAAAACCCAUCGUGGUAGUGAUGCUUUAAAAAGAAUAAAAGCUUUUGAAGGAAUUCCCCCACUCUAUAAUAAAUGUAAAAGAAGAGUAAUUCCCUCAGCAUUGAGAGUUAUCAAAUUAAUUCCUGGAAGAAGGUUUUGUGAAUUAAGCAGAUUAUCUCAUGAGGUAGGUUGGAAGUAUCAAAAAGUUAUUGAAACAUUAGAAACUAAACGUAUAUCUCAAGGAAAAAGAUAUUAUGAAAAAAAGAAAAAAGAGAGACAAAUAUUGGUCAAAGCUAAAAAAAAUGUUGCAGAAAAAAUAAAACCAUAUCAAGAUAUUAUUGAAUCUUAUGGUGGUCAUUAACUUGAUAUAUUAUAUAUAUUUAAAUUAUUAUUUAUAGAUAAUAAAUAAUUUUAUUUGUAAAAUUU